GACGAUGCGGCCGGUGCUGGAGUUCUGGGAGACGAUACGGCCGGUGCUGGAGUUCUGGCAGACGAUGCGGCCGGUGCAGGAGCUCUAGACGACGAUACGGCCGGUGCUGGAGUUCUGGGAGACGAUGCGGCCGGUGCUGGAGUUCUGGGAGACGAUGCGGCCGGUGCAGGAGCUCUGGACGACGAUACGGCCGGUGCUGGAGUUCUGGGAGACGAUGCGGCCGGUGCAGGAGCUCUGGACGACGAUGCGGCUAGUGCUGGAGUUCUGGGAGACGAUGCGGCCGGUGUAGGAGCUCUGGACGACGAUGCGGC